GGACUUAGCUGAUAUGAAAUGGGCAUUCGAGUACUUCGUUGCGGAUGCUGGCUGAUUCUAUUAAUUGUCAAUCUUACUGGAAGCGAUUGGCUUAAUUGUGGUGAUAUAUCCGUGUGUCUCUGCAAAUGGUCAUCCGGGAAGAAAACAGCAUCAUGCGUCUCAGCAGGAUUAAAGGAACUUCCACAUUUGGCAGCCGAAAUACAAGUCCUCGAUUUACACGGAAACUCAUUAAGAAGUUUGGGACAAGAUGCAUUUGCAAGUAUAGAAUUAUUAAAUUUGCAACGGGUGAAUCUAAGUAUGACGAAUCUUCGCUCUUUGCAUGCAGAUACCUUCAGAGAACUCCGUAUACUUAUAGAGUUAGAUUUGUCUCAAAACGAAAUAUUUCAUUUGUCACCUAACACUUUCAGAGGCAACGAUCGUCUCAGACUUCUAAUUUUGAAUGAUAAUCCUUUAUCAACGUUAGUAGUAGAACAAUUUCCUGUGCUGCAACAUCUGAAGAAGUUAGAACUAUCUAGAUGUAAAUUACUUAAUAUUCACCCAUUUGCCUUUGUGAACUUACGAGCGCUGGAAACGGUUAAUGUUCAUCAGAACCAACUGACAUACUUGCAUCCAAAUACUUUUAACCUUCCAGUUUUAAAAACAUUAACUCUUUCUGAUAACCCUUGGUACUGUGAUUGUAGAUUAAGAGACUUUCACGAAUGGUUUUUGCAUAGUAAUCUUGGUAACGAGGAAGUAUUUUGUGAAGGACCCGAGAAGAAAGCGCAUAAAUCGUGGCGUAAGUUGAAAGGAAUUGAUAUGGUAUGUCCUCCUUCAGCGUUUUCUACUCCGACUGUUAUAAGAACAGAAGCUGGAGCAGAAAUCUCCUUUGGAUGUUUUGUACGAGGUGAUCCGAAGCCUACGAUUACAUGGACUUUUCAUAAUAAUGAAAUUCGUAAUACUACGAAGAGGCAUAGUGAUAUUUUAGUGUAUAGAUAUCAAACAGAUUAUUUCGACGAGUAUAGGGAUGAUUUUAUAAAUAAAAGUGCACAGUGGGUCAACGUGACCAUAACUAAUGUAACUAGUGACUUGUCCGGUGAAUGGAAGUGUAGUGCCAAAAGCCCUGUAGGUGAAGCAUCUGCUUACUUAACUUUAUUUUUACCGAAAGCUCGAACAGCCACUGCUCGUAUUGCUCCAGACUAUUCAACUUUCUUUAUUUUAGCUGGGUCUAUGAUAGCUAUGACUGGAGUUGGUUUUAUAGCAGCAUGUGUUUGUUGGAAAACUAGACGUCGAAGAAUGCCACCCAGCAGAAGUUUUACAGAUCAAGAAAAGAAAUUAUUAGAUACAUCAUUGGCAGCUAGUUGUGAUAGGACUAGUGCUGAUUUAGGAUCCUCUUACGGGUUUGAAAUGUUAGAUAGAUCUAUGUCAUUAGAGAGCGAAGACACACAAAGAUGUCUAGAACCUGUACAGAUAACUAUAGAAGGUCCUCCUGGGACAUUUCCACCUCCUCCUGCAGAGUUCGCUCUCCCAGCUCCGUAUGGGAAUAUCUUUAUAUCAGUUCAAGUAUCUGCACAUAAUGAUAAAUAUCCAGAUUUAUUAGGAGGAGGAGCAACAUUGCCUCGCCGAAGUAGAACGUGUUUCUUGAAAUCUGCUUAUGAUAAUAUGGGGCCUAGGAUUACUGCUGCUGGUAGUUCCACGUGGUCUUUACCAGAUGCUAAUGCAGAUAAUAUAGGAUUAGACAAAGACAAUGUUUCUUCUAUGCCCUCGUCGACUUUCUCUACUGAAUUUACUGCUCUAUAAAAAUUAAGUACAGACUAUUCAAGAUUGUGAGAUACUAUUUCAUUAAUUAUUUUGUAUAUAUACAUAAAGAUGGAUUCUAUUACAUAACAUAUCAAUUUAAUAGGUGUUAUUAUUAAUGUUUGUGUUAUUUAAUUAGUUUAUUGUAUAGAUGUUUUGUUAAAUAUAAUAGUUUAUUGAAUAUAGAACAGAACUGAAUAGAUUGUAUACGAAAUCAUCAAUUUCUUAUAAUUAUGUACUAAUUUGCAUGCAUCUAAUAAUGACCAUAAAAUUGCAUCUAAAUACGACCAAUAUUUGCUUUUGCUCAAAUUCAGUAUCUUAGAAUUAAUUUCCAGUAGCUAUAACAAACACUAUGGAUCGAAUACUAGAUCAACUGUCAGCUAUUUCAUCUUCUUCAGGUUUUGUUUUUUACAAAAU